UAUAAAAAGGAACAAUUGGCAUUGUGUAUGCUGGCUGGCUGGUUGGCACAGAAGGGGCAGAAGGAACAGCAACACCAUGUCUCCAAAAAAGGCAAAGAAGAAGACAGAAGGAGGUGGUUCCAAUGUAUUCUCCAUGUUCGAUCAAACCCAGAUUCAGGAGUUUAAAGAGGCUUUUACCAUCAUGGAUCAGAAUAGAGACGGCUUCAUUGACAAAGCAGACCUGAGAGAUACAUUUGCUGCAUUGGGUCGCUUGAAUGUCAAGAAUGAAGAGCUAGAAGCGAUGGUGCAGGAAGCUCCAGGUGCCAUUAACUUCACUAUUUUCCUGUCUAUGUUUGGUGAAAAACUGAAAGGCACGGACCCAGAAGAGACCAUUCUGAAUGCUUUUAAGAUUUUCGACCCAGAAGGAAAAGGUCACAUAAAGGCAGACUACAUCAAAGAAAUGCUUAUGACACAAGCAGACCGAUUCAGUCAAGAAGAGGUCAGCCAGAUGUUUGCUGCUUUCCCUCCAGAUGUCUCCGGUAAUCUUGACUAUAAGAACCUUUGUUAUGUUAUCACCCAUGGUGAGGAGAAGGACUAAGAGGGGAUGAGCUUCUCCUCUGAAGAGAUCUUAUGCUGAGUUAUUUCCCUGUGUUUUUGUAUGGGGGACAGAGAGCUAAGCAUUCAACGUGCUGAAGCCAUAUGCUCAUCAGAACAGAACCAAUAAAACAAUUGAAAUUAGAUUAAGGUUAUUUAAUGCUUCUGUUUUUAGAAAAGCUGAAAAUACCAAUUUUCUUAGUUUUGCCCAUCCCCUUUUUUUCCUAGCAGUGGUUUGAAGUGGAAUUUUCUUGAUGAACUGGUACUUUCAUGAUUUAUUGACAGUUCUAAUGUUAACCAGAUGGUCCACUGGGCAGUGCAGUGUUGCUUAACCUUUUGUCUUUUAUACAUGAGCUCCACAAAUUCAUUGAGAAAUGCUCUAGCUUAUUGCAUUGGGAAGAGCAUUUUGUAAAUAGAAUUCUGUUCCAUUUCACAGCCCUUUACAAUAAAAGUGUAAAUAAAAACAAUAAAUUUUUGUCUUCUCUCUUA